AUGAUGAAUACGAGCGACAGCAGGGCGAUUGGACAGAGGAGCAGGAGCGGAUGUGGGCCUUCCAUCGGAACGAGAGUGGCAAGUGCGCCUCCAAGCUCUCCGGCCCUCCACGACGCUUCCACGACACAACGACACCAGCUCCACCGGAAGCGGGGCGGGAUGGGGGGGGGUGCACCCGAAGACCUUUCUUCCACGGCGGCGGGCGGCACCGGCGUUAGUCUUGGUCGUCAGGGCGGCGAUGGCGGCAACAAGAGCAGCAGCAGUGGUGGCGGCGACGGUCCUGGCGUUACCACGAGGACGACGACGACGACUCUCCCGGAUGACCCAGGCCUGCAGUACAGGAGCCCGGCCGUUUCCACUAACGGCGUGCUGCGUCCUACCCCUCAGGAACACUUUGUCGUGGAUGGAAGAGGCGGCGGCAACAGCAGCAGCAGCAGCGGGGCCACGAGAAUCCGCGGGUGCAGGUCAGCCUCGAGCGCGAUGGCGGGCAUGACAUCAUCUUCACAGCAGGGCGAGGACGGGAACGGCGGGGGGCACCGGCUGGGGUCCGUCCUCCUCGACACCCCUGGCCAUUCCCUGCAGCAGGGGAGCGGUGGUGGUGGUGGCGGCGUGGACGGCGGCAUGGGCUUGAUGGGCAACAGCAGCGGCGACGAAAAGUUGACCACCGAAGACCAAUACGUGAUGGCGUCCCUCAAGAGAUCCAUCGUCGAGCUGUCGGACACCUGCCACCGGCUUCUGUCUUUCAAGAUGCUCAACCACGACGCCUUUGUGAGGGUGAUGGGAACUGGAAGUGCACUGCCGUCGUGCCGGAGCAGCGGGGAUAUGUAA